AUGUUCUGGAAAGCUAUAGCAGCUCCAGCAAUGAUCCUUGUUCCUCCUAUUGAGUACAUCAUUAAUAUCAUGCUGACAUCUCUGGUCUACUUCUUCCUUCUGCUUGCUACAGGGGUGGAAGGUGGUGGUGCUGACAUGGAUUUUCAUUCCAGUACCUCCCCUGACUUUUGCCUUCAGUGUGAACGUUGCAGCAGCCGCAAUGCCUCAUGUACGGGGGCACCAUCUAUUUGCCAGAAGUCUUCAAAGAAUUGCCUCACCGUCACUACGGAAUACGUUGUCGGGAACGAAAGAUGGGUGGCCACGUACAAAGGUUGCACCAAGAAAAUCUACUGUUUUGCACCUUCCAUGAGCUUCACUUUUCCUUCUCAGCGCAAACGGAGAGCUGCUAAGUGUUGCAACAAGGAUCUCUGCAACAGGGGGGCUGUCAAAUUGCCACCAAUGCAGACCAAGCCAAAUGGACUACUCUGUCCUGGAUGCUUCUCAACACAUGCUAAAUGCAAACCCACGGAGACAAUAAAAUGCCACGGCGAGGAGAACAAAUGUGUCUACUAUGAUAUCACUGUGGAACAGGGUGACCAAAUAUACAUGUUUGCUAAGCGUGGCUGUGGGACCAAGCUUGCCUGUAUGAACAAGCCACACAUUGGUGGAAUACCUGGACUGUUUGUAGAAGUUUGGAAAAGUGCCCAGUGUAUUUCAGCCCUAAGCUCCAAAAACUUGCGUGACUUGAACAAGCAGCUAGUUCCUCAGAUGGCUUUGGAAUAAUCAAACAUCUGCUGAAGA